UGCAGCUGCAGGCGGCGGGCACCGACGGCCCGGGGGCGGCGGCCGCCGGCAGGGUCCACUUCGCCAGGACGUCGCGCCGCCUGCCGCAGGCGCUCAUCAUAGGCGUGCGCAAGUGCGGGACGCGCGCGCUGCUCGAGAUGCUGGCGCUGCACCCGCGCGUGCAGAAGGCGGCCGGCGAGGUGCACUUCUUCGACCGCGACGACAACUACCGGCGCGGCCUGGACUGGUACCGCCGCAAGAUGCCGCACUCGUUCCGCGGCCAGAUCACCAUCGAGAAGAGCCCCAGCUACUUCGUCACGCCCGAGGUGCCGGAGCGCAUCCGGGCGAUGAACGCGAGCGUCAAGCUGCUGGUGAUCGUGCGCGAGCCGGUGACGCGCGCCAUCUCGGACUACACGCAGCUGCGCAGCCACGCGGCCGCCACGGCCGCCACGGCGGGACAGCCGCCGCCGCCCGCGCGCUCCUUCGAGCAGCUGGCGCUGCGGCCCGACGGCUCCGUCAACGUCGCCUACCGGCCGCUCGCCAUCUCGCUCUACCACACCUUCGUGCCGCGCUGGCUCGAGGUGUUCGACCGCGGCCAGAUCCUGGUGGUGAACGGCGACCAGCUGAUAGAGGACCCGGUGUCGCAGCUGCGGCGCAUCGAGCGCUUCCUGGGCCUGGAGCCGCGCAUCGGCCACCACAACUUCUACUUCAACCGCACCAAGGGCUUCUACUGCCUGCGCAACGAGACGGCGGACAAGUGCCUGCGCGACAGCAAGGGGCGCCGCCACCCGCGAGUCGACCCGCGGGUCGUCGCCAAGCUGAGGCGCUUCUUCAGCGAGCACAACCAGCGCUUCUACGAGCUCGUGGGCGAGGACCUGGGCUGGCCCGAGGAGUGAGCGCCCGCCCGCCGCCAGCACCCGGCACUGCGCACGCGCCAGCGGCCCGCGUAGGCACCUGCGGGGCUCUCGAGCUGAGGCGGCCCUGCGCGACGGCAGUCACCGAGCGUUCCGGAGACGGCCGCGAGAAAAGAACGAACAUCGCCCCGGGCCGUGGACGAGGUUGUCGCCAUCUGGCAGUCGCGCGUAGAAUCUACCACUGCUGGACCCGCAGACUCUGGAAACACACAGCACAGUACUGACGGUCAGAUACUGAGCAACCGAGAGCUGAGUGUUCAGGCGACAGCAGAGUCUAUGCUACCAGUCGUAAGGGAGACGUCGUUUUUCGUUUUGUACAUUCCUCCACACUCUUUAACCUUCAGUUACCACAGACUGUACAACAAGAAAGAGCCGAACAAUUCGCCACCGAUGCUUUAUGUGACUGCGGAACAGGUGGAAAAAGAACACUGCUAAAAAAAAAGUGUAAUAACUAUUAUAGUUUUGAGCCCUCAGGUUCAUGUGCUCACUGUUUUUAAGGAAAAAAAAAUUAAUUGUAAAGUUGCUUUCUUUCCUACGGUAGUCACCAAUUAGCGCGUUGAUUCGUUUCACCAAAUGGCACCACGGAAUACGCGAUUAUUAGGUUUCCCAUGUUCUGUGAUGCAAUACCAAAGCAAUAAUACGUGCAGACUGCCGCUGGAAAUUGUAAUGCGAAUUUAAUUCCCGCGUUUAUAGCUAAAAUUAAAACUUUAGGUAACAUCAGGCACGGCACAAAUGAGACGGUGAAGUCUUACGAGUACUUGAGCUUUCUGUCGUACGCAUUGACUUUGAACGUGCUGCUGGAUUAUUCUAGGAAUGUUGUACUGUUUCUAAGAGUGUCAGAGACGAAGGGGAAGAAACUGCCGGGGAAAAGCGGCCCCGUUUCUCCCCCUUCAAAAUUUUUCACUUCUUGGCGUUUGUUUCUCGCGUAAAGGUAGCUCGUUUCCGACUGCGACCAGAAGCGCGUAUUUGGUUGCCUGGUGAUGGUCGCCGGAACUAUGGGAAGGAAGACGAUGUGAGUUGGGUGGGUAGGUAGUAAGUAGGAGGCAAGGGCGGAUGCAGCCGGGAUGCACCCCCGCCGGCGCCCCGGCUGCCUCCGCCGAGGGGGCUGUGGGGGAGGUGCCCCGCGUACGUGGGCGUGGUACCAGGUUCUGCCGCCGCCCUGGCGUCGUUCGCCUCUGAUGGCUGCGGGUGACCGCUCUGGAGACAGACGGUCUGGGGCGUGUCCCAGCUGGCCGAGACACUCGCUCAGACCUCUAAACAGUCUGAGCCACUCCCGCACCGUUCCAUUCAAAUUGCUAUAGUCACACGUACCUCUGGAAAAAAAAAAUAUGUUUGCGGAGCAUCACGAGAGGAAAUGAAACAUAAGUAUGCCACUACGUGCACAAGGAACUGUUGGCGAUUCUAAAUCUGCUGCCCUGAGCGCCAAAACGAAGCUGGAGAUAAAACGCCGUGCCUCUGAAGAUGACAACAUUGCACAGAAACCUCAUGAACCUCACGCAAGAAGUUCUUCCGUCUGUCGGUCGGCAGCUGUUACCACUUCAUGUUCACAUCUAGUUUUUCAGACAACUGGCGUGAAAACUGUUACAGUUCCAAAACAAAGGUCGUCCGACGCUCUAAUCCUCUUAACGAAAAGCUGUCGCUCUUACACAGACUUUUGUCACGAAUUCUGCAUUUCUUAAAUGUAUGCGCUUGCCGUGGCACACUAGAGGAACGAAGCACCGACGAUGUCACUCGUCAACACAAAUUCCGUGCACCAUUUCGCGCAGAAAGUGAAAGCUACACCGCACACCACCCCAUGAACAGCACGGCCCUUGAAGUUAGUACAAAAUGUUUCGCAUAUCGCUAGUGUUGCUUUGAACAUCACAAAACAUAUCGAGUCCUUCAGCUGAGAGUGCUUGUACUUGUACCACCUUCGUAGAUGGAUGUUUGGUCCAGAUAAUUGCUGACGUCUGCCGCUAAAUAACUUGUUAAGAGUUGUGACAAAGGAGUUGCUGACGAAAUUUACGGGGAACAGCACGCAAAUAAAACCCUCCGUACUCAUUCUCACGCCGAACACGGUAAACCCUACGCGCUAGCAAUUACACAAGAGUGGGAAGCAUGGGAUGAUGACGGCACGUAAUAGAAAUCUUAAUCGCAAUCAAAUGAUACUCGUAAUCAAACGUUGUUUGUUGUAACAUUGGCAAUAC